GACACGGCCAGAGCACUGAGAGAUAUCAGGUAUUGAUGUAACUGGAGUGAAUAAGGGAACCUUCUUCCUGAGCACAGACAUUGGAGCCUGUUAUCAGCAUGAACUCAUAUGUGUUAGACAAACACAUCAAUAGUUCAUAUCUAUCCUUCACUACAGGAAGCAUCAGAAUGAUACCGCAAAUUCCAAUAGUCUUAGACACCAAUGACUAUUCACAAACAUUGGGGAUAUCAAAACAUAUAUUUAAAGAAAAUGAUGAAUUGUCAGGAACUGGGAAGCAAUCAUUAUGUACAGAGAGUAAUUUAGUCAUCAAACAAGAGGACAACAUUUAUGACUUAUCUAGUGAAAUUAUUAUCCCUGAGGAUAAACCACACACAUUUACUGAGUUUUCAAAACAUAGUAAAGAAGGGAAAAGUCUACAGUCUAGCCAAAUAACUAAUUCAAAGGAGAAACCUUUCAAAUCUACAGAAUGUGAGAAAAGAUUUAGAUGGAAGUUUCAUCUAUUAGAACACCACAAAAUUCACACAGAUGAGAAGCCACACACAUGUACUGAGUGUGGCAAAUGUUUUACACAAAUGAAUCAUCUGAGAACUCAUAAAAAGAUUCACACAGGAGAAAAGCCGUUCACAUGUACAGAGUGUGGAAACAGUUUUACACAAAAGAGUGAUCUUAAAAAGCAUGAAAGGAUUCACACAGGGGAAAAGCCAUUCACAUGUACAGAGUGUGGAAACAGUUUUACACAAAAGAGUUAUCUUAAAAAGCAUGAAAGGAUUCACACAGGAGAAAAGCCAUUCACAUGUACAGAGUGUGGAAAAAGUUUUACACAAACGAAUUGUCUGAAAACUCAUGAAAGGAUUCACACAGGAGAAAAGCCUUUCACAUGUACAGAGUGUGGAAAAAGUUUUACACACAUGAGUAGUCUGAAAAAACAUGAAAGGAGUCACACAGGGGAAAAGCCUUUCACAUGUACAGAGUGUGGAAACAGUUUCAUACAAAAGAGUGAUCUUAAAAAGCAUGAAAGGAUUCACACAGGAGAAAAGCCGUUCACAUGUACAGAGUGUGGAAAAAGUUUUACAGUAAAGAGUUAUCUGAAAAAACAUGAAAGGAGUCACACAGGGGAAAAGCUUUUCACAUGUACAGAGUGUGGAAAAAGUUUUACAGAAAAGAGUCAUCUGAAAACUCAUGAAAGGAUUCACACAGGAGAAAAGCCAUUCACAUGUACAGAGUGUGGAAACAGUUUUACAGCAAAUAGAAAUCUGAAAAGACAUAAAAGGAUUCACACAGGAGAAAAGCCUUUCACAUGUACGGAGUGUGGAAAAAGUUUUAUACAAAUGAAAUUUCUGAAAACUCAUGAAAGGAUUCACAAGGGAAGAAAUCUUUAACAACUUUAGAAAGUGGGAAAAAAGGUUUUUAUUGAAAUCGGGUAUCACAAAACACCAAAUAUUUACACACAAAUAAACUUUAUAUACACAGUGUACAAACCUUUUUACAAUUAUUGUAAAGAGUACAAACUCUCUAAAUAGAAGCAUCAAAAAGGAUAAUAUUGUAAAUAAUACUUUCUAAAUCCCAGUUAUAAAAGCCCCAGAUUUAAAGUGCUCAUGUGCACCUCAAUUUCUCUCAUAUAAAUGUGAUAGAAUACAAACACCACACAGAAUAUACAAAUCUGUCCUCAUACUGACCAGUUUACACAACCAUUCACCAGUGUUAGAGUUAUACGUUUUUAUUUAUAUCAAAAGAAAAAGUUUAUAGAAUUUGGAGACGUAGCUCCAUCAAUGUGUAUACAAAGCCAAUUCCAUUUUCGUAAUUAAGAUUAAUAUACAAGCGAAAGAGAACACUGUCACAUUAAUAAAGAAACUUGUAAACAUUUAAAUUAGACUGGGUUUACAAGGUGUGGCAAAAUAAAGAAACAACAUUAUUGAUGUAUUAAACAACAUAAAACUACAUUGCUGCAUGUUAAUUUCACAAACAGACAUGCUAUAUUCUAAACAGAAAAUAAUUCAGAGUAUAUAACAUAAUAUUUUGUCUGUAGCACUUACAGUGAUGCUAUUAGAAGACUUUAGAGCCCUAAACCCUUAGAUACCUUAUUUUAUAUUGUUGAGUAUUUUUUCUUUAUUCUUAUUUUAUUGUUGAGGUUCAUAUAUAAAGUUACGUACAUUGUUUAAGACGUAAUUUAAGGCAACUGAACAUAGCUUUGUCAUCUCAAAAUUACAAAGUAAAAAAAAACAAAAAAAAACAUCAUAAUAUGUAGAUUACUUUUCCAAUUCCUCAUGUUAAUAAACUUUUUCUGUACAGCGACUAAAGAAAAAAAAAACUCCAGUUUUCUGUCCUCCUAAUGUUAUUACUACAAAAACUAAAAUCACCAGAAGAAAACACACAAAGCAAAGCAAAGAGGGAAAAAAAAAGGACCUAAAUAAAUAAUUCUCUUCGUCAAUCUCCCCAAUUAUAACGCCAUUCUCCUCUUAGUUUUGCUUCUAAUAUCAAAAUAGAAUCUUUGAAAGGAUAAAUUAUAUACUUCUGACGUUCUAACUCCAAUGAUUUUAUAUAACUUUCCCAUUUCCUGAGAAAAGUUUUAAUUUCAUCUCGCUUCUUUAGGGGAUUACCAAUUUUUUAAAAUCAACUUCCUACCUAGGAGAAUGACUGUAUUAAAAAAAAAAUACAUUCAUUACCAAAUGCAUCAUGUUUAGUCAAAAAAAAAGCAUAUGCAGUACAUCAAAUCUCACUGGGCAACUGGAGUCGUCGUUUUAGAUUUGUUUAUAGCAAAACCUGAAAAAGAUUUAAAUGUUUCCAAGGCCUUCAACAAUAUCGGUGUAUAUUUAGCAAGAUCAUCUGUGAACACUAGCAUAUCAUCUGCAUAUAGAGCUAACUUCACAAAAUUAUUUUUCCAUUUUAUUCCAGUGAUAUUUUCCUAUGCCAGAUUAAAUAAUAAAGGAGAAAUUGGACAUCCCUGCCUAGUACCCCUACUUAACAUAAAACAAGUUGAUUGUAUGUCAUUUACACAAAUUGUCGCAGUAGGGGAGUUAUAUAAUAAUUGUAUCAUAUUAAAAAAAAAUUACCCUUAAAUCCAUAAUUAGUAAGUGACACAAAUAAAUGGUGCAGGAGGUUGUUAAUCUAUUUUUUAUAACGUCUUGGGAAUAACGUUUUUCUUAUUGAUGGUUAAUUUGCCCCUUACUUGUGGUGUGAAUCUUAGGCUACAAUAUAAGAUACAAAUAUGCUAAAAUUGUGAGCGUUAUAGCUUUUUAAAGCAGAUUUGGAAAAAUUGUGUGCUUUUUUACUCCUUAAAGGCGCAGUACUGUUUUUCAAAAUUGGUGUUUUCUUCAAUAAAUAAAGUGUUUUCAAGA